AUUGGAAUUAUUGGUGGAACUGGCCUGGAUGAUCCGGAUAUCUUAGAAGGAAGAACAGAAAAAUAUGUUGACACUCCUUAUGGCAAGCCAUCAGAUGCUCUGAUUUUGGGAAAGAUCAAAAAUGUGGACUGUGUGCUCUUGGCAAGACAUGGAAGGCAUCAUACAAUUAUGCCAUCAAACGUCAAUUACCGUGCCAAUAUCUGGGCAUUGAAAGAAGAAAAUUGUUCCCAUGUAUUGGUGACUACUGCCUGUGGCUCAUUACGAGAGGAAAUACAACCUGGUGAUCUUGUCAUAAUUGACCAGUUCAUUGACAGGACAACUAAAAGACAUUGUACUUUAUACGAUGGGCAGCAUUCCACUCUCUCAGGAGUAUGUCAUAUUCCAAUGGCUGAGCCUUUCUGCACCAAAACCAGAGAGGUUCUUAUUGAGACUGCCAAGAAGCUGGGCCUCCAGUGUCACUCCAAGGGGACAAUGAUCACAAUUGAAGGCCCACGUUUUAGCUCUCGAGCAGAAAGCUGUGUUUUUCGCAGUUGGGGAGCCGAUGUUAUCAACAUGACUACAGUGCCUGAAGUGAUUCUUGCAAAGGAAGCUGGAAUGAGUUAUGCUAGUAUUGCCAUGGCAACAGAUUAUGACUGCUGGAAGGAGCAUGAAGAAGCUGUUUCAGUGGAUAAAGUUUUAAAGACACUGAAAGGGAAUGCAAAUAAGGCUACAAGCAUACUCCUUUCUGCCAUACCUCAGAUAGGCUCCAUGGAAUGGACCAGCACCCUGCACACUCUGAAAACAACGGUGCAGUGUUCGGUUAUCCUGCCAAAGCAGUAACAACCUGGAUGAACCUUGAAGUUUCAGUGCUCUCAAGGAAGAGUGGAUCAUUUUCGAGCUUUCAGAGGUCAUAAUAUCUUCAAAAAUUGCUACAAGCUUAAAAUAAUGGACUAAACAUUGACCAAUGAUCAUGUGUAAGGCUGCUGUUAAAAUCUUUGUCGGUUUGAUCACAUAUAAGAUGGUUAAAAUUAGAUUUUGAGUACAUUUUCAACUAUAAAUACCCCUAUUGACAAACUGUAUCUGACAGAGAAAAAAAGUCAGUAUCCUCUAUUCAGUGGUACCUUUUAACUGGUGAUAGAAAGCAAAGUCUAAGUUAUAUUGUUGUUGCAGUUUCAUAAAAUAAGGUCUACGAAAGCAGAUUCACAGGCUAUUUGUGUUGCUGUUUCUACCUCCAUCUUUUCCUUCAACAAGGCACAUGAUUACAAUUCACUUCAGAAACAUAACAGAAAAACUGAACAAUUUCAAAUUAAAAUUAUACUAUUUUUAUACAUUAACCUUAUUUUUUAUUCCAGUGAUUUUUUUAAGCAGCGUAUUUGUUUUGUGUGCUAGAAGACCUGGUUUAAUAAUUAUGGUGGUUCUGUCACAGUAGCAGGUGUGUAAUGAGUUAGUAUUGGAGACCGAAGUAAUGCCUAAACCAAAUUUGUGCCUGAAGAUGUACUUACAUGAUUUACAGAACUGUACAGAAAAAGUACUUUGCUGACAGUGUCCCAGACACACCCAUUUUCUGCUUUAUUGAACAGCUCCAAUUUUAGUUCCUGUAUUAAGUGAUGAAUGUGCUUGAGUGGUCUGAAUGUAUGCAUUUCAAUUUUUUAAUACAGUUUUAUUUUAAUAAAACAACCUGCUACUUCUUGUCUAGUAAAUAAAACAAAUGAAACAUGUACUUCUCCAAGAUGUGUGGAAAUCGGGAGGGGGGGUAUUUACUUCUAGUCAUUAUGUAUCACAAUUAUUUUUGCCAUUCCUUAAACAGGUUGGUGAUGAUAUCUUGUAAACAACACUUUCAGAAAGACACUUUUUAGAAAAUACUCUGCUGCACAGAACUUUAGGUUCUAAGUCCCUGAACAGGGAUUGCUGAGGCAGAAGUGAAUCAGAGUGCAAGGAAAAGAUCAGAAACAUGAAUGGUAAGGAUCCUCAUAGUACUGUAAAAAAAAAUACUAAUCCAGAGGAAAAUAGAAGAAAGCUGGUACACAAGCAUUUUAGCUUCCUUGUCUUUUUCUAUUAGACACCCAAUCUCCUGCUGUGAAAUCCCUUAGAUCUGGAUGUAUUGUUUCUAGCAAAACCAGUAGAGGUGCUUUUCAGGUACUGGGGAAAAUAGUUUAACCAAUUUUCUAUAUUCAUAGUGUUUUUUAAAAAAUUUGGAUUGCAGGAGUGAGAGCUGGAACAUACAUUUCAUAAUCUUCCAUUAAGCCAAAUCAUAUAUGUGGCCUUAAGAAUGGUUUCCAUUUUUAUCUUCCUUCCAUUGGCACUUCUGGUGAAAUGGAUCAGAUCUAUGUGUUCUAAAGAGAAAGCUUUUUGCUGGGUGUUAAUUUUCAAUCCCCUUGGGUUUCUCUUUUUGCACUUGGUAGUGACAUAUAAUGGUAAUUGUUAUGCUAUUUUUUUGUUUAUAUACUGGAUACUUAGUGUCACAGGAGAGUGGCGCAGAGCAGGUCCAUAGGUAGUGGCUUCUGUUACACAUUUCUGUUACAUAUUCUUCUUAUGUGAGGCUAGGUGAGAACAUAGAUAAGAAUAGCUGCAUCCAAAGAGUUACAGUCAAGUAGCUCAGUGUCCAGGUGGAAACCAGGAGCAGAUGGUUUCCCUCGGAGGUCUGGGACCAGCCUGUGUAGUAUUUUCAUCAGUUAAGUAAGAGAGUGAGAUUGAGUUUGUGGAAGAAAAAAGCACCAAGCUGGGUAGUGAGUGAAGGUAGGAAUGUCAUCCAGUGGAACGUUAACAGCUCAAGGAGUGGGGCCCAAGUUCAACAAGGCCAAGCAGAAGGUGCUGCAUUUGAGUUGAGGUGAAGGUGGUUGAGAUCAGCCUAGUGGAGAUGGACUUUGGUGUAUGAAUGGAUGAAAAAUUGAACAUGGGCCAGCAAUGUGCACUCACAGUUCAGAAGUCCAGCUGCAUCCUGGGCUGCAUCAAAAGCAGAUUGAGGGAGGUGAUUUUGCCCUUUGCUCUCAUGAGACCCUACCUGGAGUAUUGCAUCCAGUUUUGGGUACUUUGUAAGAAAGAUGUGUUGGAGCAAGUCCAGCAGAGCGCCACAAAGAUGACCAGAGGGAUGAAGCACCUCUCCAAAGAGGACAGGCUGGGAGAGUUGGGGUUUUUCAGACUGGAGAGGAAAAGGCUCUAGGGACAUCUUAGAGUGGCCUUUCAGAACAUAGUGGGGGCUUAUGAGGAAGAGGGAGAGAGACAUUUCACUGCAGCCUGUGGUGACAGGACAGAGGACAACAGUUUUAAGUGGGUAUCUUUAGAUUGGAUGUAAAAAUAGUUUUCAUGAUGAGGCUGCUGAGACAAUGAAACAACUUGCUUAAAGAAGUUGUGGAUGUCUUUAGAAGUAUUCAGAAUCAGAUAGACAGAGUUCGGGCAAGACUAGUGGAAGGUGUCCCUGCCCAUGGUGGGAGGUUUGGGCAAUUUGUGGUUUGGGCUGGAAGAGACCUUUCCAUCAUAUUUACUUGCUCUGUCAACAUAGGCUUGGUACCUAACAGUCUCUCAUGCAGAAUUUGUAUAUAAAGUCUAUAAAACUCUUGUAGCGUAUAGUAUGUUUUUUGCAAAGUUCAGUGUACAUUUUAUAGUCUGAAAUGUGCUGCAAGUAAUUUAUCCAUAGGACUACAGACAGAGAUGGUCAUUGGCAAGAAAAACAUAGGAAAAUGUUUAAUUAUGUAAAGAAAGGACCAAAUAUAAGUGAUUUUAAUGGUCUUUCUAAACAGUCUUAAGAAAUGUAUUUAUUGUAGGCAGAACUGCAGGUGUAAUAGAACAAAGAUACAAAUUGUAUGUAUUGCAUUACUAAAACCAAGUAAACAUUCUAACAAAGAA